AUGGCGACCCGACUGUCCAUCGAGCCGCAUGCCAGGCCCGACCAGCUACGACCAGAACCAGGGCAGAUAUUGAUCGUGAUCCAUGAUUUCUCGGCCCGCAGUUCAGAUGAAUUGAGCUUGUUAAAGGGAGACCGCGUCGAGUUAAUCGAACGCGACGAUGAUUUUGGAGAUGGAUGGUAUCUUGGGCGACACUUGACAACUGGAAAUAGUGGCCUAUUUCCUGAAGUAUACACCAGAAUCGCUCCAAGAGGUCCCUCUUCAUAUCCACCGAUAGCUUCCCAGAUUCCACGGUCACCCAUCACACUUGAUUCGGCGAAAGAAGAAAAUGUGCAGCGACCGGCAGCAAGCAAUACUGGAGAAACGACGCUUCCAAUUGAUUUAAGAAUGUCUGCUCCGACUCCCGAGAAGGAUAAAACCCCCCAAGCCAGUCGUCAUGUUAGUGCAUCAGAGAUUCUGGACUCCCCAAAUAUCACAUCACCUUUGACUACUACUCCCAAAGAGCCCGAAAAGGCUGUUCCUCCAGCGAUCCUGAAUUCCAUCAUUUCUUUACCACCGAAAAGCGUUACCGAUACUGCCAAACUGCACGUCCACGGGCAAGACAGCCCGGUGAUGAAUGAGACUUUAAGCGUCAUUGAUGAGCAUAUCACGGACAUGAAUUCACCCCACCACAGCGCUGCCGGAACAGAUAGGCGAGGGACUACUAAUGACUCUGGCAGUGAAUACAGCAGCCACCUGGACCAAAGACUUUCCUAUAUAAACGGCGAGGAGACAGACGAGGAAGAAGAAGCACUCCACACACAGGCUGAAGUAACACGCUGGACACCCGACCAAGUUGCAGAAUACCUUUUCACUGUCGGAGUGGACACGAAGCAUUGCGAGGUCUUUCGGGAUCAGGAAAUUACGGGCGACGUUCUUCUUGGGAUGGAUCAAACCUCAGUUUUUCUAAAAGAGUUCGAUCUAGGCUCCGUCGGGCGAAGGCUGAAGGUUUGGCAGAAGAUUAAGAAUCUCCAAGAUGAGAUCGGUGGAGAAACUUCGACAAGGCGCAAUACCGGAACAUAUGGCAGCGACGUUGGUUCUGAGGAGGGUGGACGGCACGGGAGUCGUAGCAUGACCUCCUCCGCCAUGCUACCUAGGAUACCAAGCUUAAGGGACCGACCCGCAUCUCGUCAAAACACGCGCCUUUCUCAGCAACACAAUUCCAGGUCUCAGUCAAUGCUCCAAGAAGUCUCUCCUGUGUCACCAAAGUCCGUGCAAGGAAGUCCCCGACCGACAGGGGAGAAGCGACCAUCCGCUGCAUCUAUCCGUGACCUGCAUCAUUCACGACAGAAUUCUGCAAAUGACUUCACUGUGACUUCACUUAUGAGUGCAGUAGCAGGUGAAGUUCCGAAAUCCCAGGAUGCGACUCACAAAAAACAGCAUUCAUUCGACAGAAAUUGGACCAUGGGGGCGGCUGCUUCGCCUCCACUUUCCUCUCUACCUAGUCGACCGUUGUCUUCCUCCGGCAUUAAAGGAGUCCCGAGAAGCUCUACAGAUCAAUUGUCGCAAAGCACCGCUCCUUCCAGCCCUUUUGAUGCAUUAGAUCGAGGUUAUUUCUCAGGUAACGAGGCUGAUGCCAGGCAACGAAAUGUCCUACGAAAGAGGGGGAGCACUACUACACACUCUCGAAAUUCAAGUUACACGGAUGAGCAAAGGGUCCGAAGCGCGACUGCACACUCUAGACACUCUCGAUUUGGUAGUGUUGAUUCUAUCCGCGAUUCUGCACCCCCAUCCGCUGCUCAGAAGUAUUAUGGACUCACGGUAAAUGGCCGCCGUAGGACACCCUCGGAAAAUUCAAUUAGUGCACCUCCUCGACCUGCACCACCACCCAAAGAUGCACCUUCUCCGACUGUAACCAAGCUUGAGGAGACUUCUCACGGGAAUACAGUAUCCCCAAAACUUACGUCUCGCGGAUCAGACUGGUUUUUACCAACCAAGUCAGUCAAAUCCACAGCAAAUCGACAUUUCGGUCUUCGAGCGAUAUCAGAUGCCGUCACUGGUCAUGAGAAAAGCAGUAUCACAUCCCCAGCAGACUCGCCUGUCAAGCAGUCACCUCUACAAUCACCUUCGCGAACUACAUCAAGCACAACAUCUGCUGGCCCAAGUCUCGAUUUGGACUCUCCUGACGCAAGUAAUGUGAGUACAAUGGCUACCCCUGGCAGUGCACGGGCUGCUAGAAAGAAGUCAAAGAAGGAGACGAGUGCCUAUACUCGUGGUCUUGAAAAAAAACCGCCACAAGAGCAAAUGGUUGAGGCCGAUUAUAGUGGCUGGAUGAAGAAGAAGAGCACCAAUUUGAUGACAACGUGGAAGCCACGCCUGUUCAUUCUGAAGGGACGAAGACUUUCUUAUUAUUACUCCGAAGAUGACCAGGAAGAGAAAGGAUUGAUAGAUAUAUCAUUCCACAAGGUCCUGCCCGCCAGUGGUGAUCGUCUCACAGGUCUGCACGCCACACUUACGGGUGCAACGAACAGCCCGACAAGCCCGCCGGGCACCCACACUCCAACACUAGCUUCUGCAGAGGCAGAUGCUGAAGCUGAAUCAACUUUGACCAAGGGCGCCGGCGAUUCCAUGUUCAUAUUCAAACUUGUCCCCCCACGAGCUGGGUUGUCGAGGGCUGUUACAUUUACCAAGCCAACUGUACAUUACUUUGCGGUCCCAAACCUCAAGCAAGGCCGACUCUGGAUGGCCGCAAUCAUGAAAGCUACCAUCGAUCGUGAUGAAUCAGCGCCUCUGAAGACAACAUACACGCAAAAGACAAUUUCUCUUGCAAAGGCUCGAGCUAUGCGACAACGCCCUCCAGCAUUGAUGAAUUUAGAUGAGCAUGUUGAUGAAGAGGCAAUGAAGACACCGGCCAGCGAUAAAAAUGGAUUGAACAUCCAAGGCAUCAUCUUCGAUCGCGAAUCACACGAGGCUGACAGUGGAGUUUCUGGAGUAUCGAAAUCCGACGCCCAGCAGCCCGAGAAUGCAGUCACGGCAGAGGGAACAGUUUUAGCCAACAACUCCCUCAAGGACCCCGAACCACAUACGGCGUGA